UCAUAAUUCUUAAAUACCAAGAAACCUACAAACGUAAAUAGUAUAGUAAACGUUAUCUCUAACUUGAAGUUCAUAUAGUUAUUUCACUAUUAACACUUUCAUAGAAAGAAAAACGAGUAUACAAUAAAUGCAGUUUAUUUACUUUAUAUUAGUACUCAUAGAAUUUUAAAAAAAAGUUCCAAAGAAAUGAAUCGAGAAUGAAAAUUUUGUUUUUUCAAAAUUGUUUUUCAAAUUUUGGCAGAAGAUUUAAUAAUGGAAAAGUUAACGAACAAUCACAAAGUGAAGGAAGUCAAACUCAACAGUAUCUUGCAGCAGUUUGUGCAUGUACAACUCUGGCGGCUUGUGCAUCCUAUCAUGCAUGGUCAUCGCCAGCUAUACCUCACUUGACAAGCAAAAAAUUCAAAUUUUCUGUAACUGAUAAACAAAUUGUUUGGAUAGUUUCAUUAUACAAUAUUGGCGAUAUUUUUGGAGCACUUUUAAAUCCAUUAUUUAUUGAUCGUAUUGGACGGAAAAAUACUUUAUUUCUUCUAUCUCUACCAAGCUUAAUUGGAUGGGGUCUAAUUAUUUUUGCUCAAAACAAUAUUUACUUCUAUAUUGCAAGAUUUUUAGGUGGAAUUAGUCAAGCAAGUGCUUUCAAUUCUUUAUCAAUCUACUUGACAGAAAUUUCCGAAAACAAUAUCAGAGGAAUUCUAGUGAAUAUGAUGCAAGUAUCAUUCUAUAUUGGCCUUUUUAUCUUCACAACAAUUGGAGCCUUUGCAUCAUAUGAAAUUUUAAACUAUUCUUCUGUCUCACUAUUAAUUAUUUUUCUUGUGAUACUUCCAUUCUUGCCAGAAACGCCCUAUUUUUAUCUUUUAAAAGGCAAAAAAGAUGAUGCUAUGAAGUGCUUAAUGAAAUUAAGGGGAAUAAGUUCAUCAGACAAAUUAGAACCUGAAAUACGUGAAAUGAAAUUGGUAAUUGAAGAAGAUAAAAAAAAUACAAAAACAUAUGCAUUCUUGGAAUUAUUCACAAAAAGUUACAAUCGAAAAGGAUUGUUAAUCAUGUUUUUUAUGAGAACAACAAUGAUGUUCUCAGGUAUUAUUUGUAUAAUAGCUUAUGCUGAGGAUAUUCUCAGUCAAAAUAAUCUUUCACUUAAACCAGGUAUUCAAGUAAUGAUUUUAAAUGGAAUAGCAUUGCCAGCAUCUUUAUGUACUGGUUUAUUUAUUGACAAAAUUAACAGAAGAAUAUUGUUUUCUGCAACUUCUAUGUUGGGUUCAUUUUGCUUAGGUAGUGUCGGUCUCUUUUUCUUUCUCAAGUAUUAUCUUAUGACAGAAACUUCUUCAAUUGCAUGGUUACCAGUUGUAGCAUUAACAUUAUUUCAAAUAGUUUUUAUUUCUGGAUUUGGAAUAAUUCCCCAUAUUUCCAUUGGUGAACUUUUUUCAAUAAAAGUGAAAAGCAGUGCAGCUUGCUUGGGUAGAAUUCUCGUAUCCAUUAUUAAUUUUGCUACUACUGCCGGAUAUAAACCAUUAAACAAUAGUUUUGGAAUCUACACGACAUUUUGGAUUUUUGCUUCUCUUACUUUUGUUGGAUCUUUGGUGACUUAUUGGAUCACACCAAAUACAACAGGAAUGACAUUGGAGGAAAUUCAAGCUAUGCAAAAUCCAGAACUAGAGAAUAAGCUUAAUUUAGAACGCAAAUCCAGAAGAAAUGAAAAUAUUUAAAAAUUCUUCAUUUUCUGUAGAAUGGUAUAUAAAAAAAUUUUGCUAAAUAAAUUAUAUAAGUUGGUAAGUUAA